GAGUCCAGGGAAAGGACUGGAGUUCUGGGCUCCGAAAUAGGGUCGGAACCCCCGCGCGCGCACAGCCAACAACUGGCAACUCCCCAGAAGAAUCCGGAAACGCGGCGGCCUCGUGUAUAACUGAUGGAAAGCGUCUCGCGCGCAGGGCUUCGAUCCGAGCAAGCGGAGGCACCGGAAACGUAACAGUUCCUCCCACGGUCGGACACUCGCGUUGCGUGUCGCAGCCCGCCGCGAGCGCGCUCCCGACGAGCUGGAGACGCUCUCUGCUCGCGUGAAGAACUUGGGACGGAGCGAGCGAGCGAUCGAUCGAUCGGAUGAGCGCGGACGGGGACGCGGAGGUGAUGAUGGGGUCGCUGGCGGACGAGGAGGACACAGCAGGCGACGAAGUGGAGUUCGAGGACCAGCAGGUGCCAAUGGAGACGUUCGUGGGGGUCUCCGGAGAGCUUCUGCCCACUUUCUCGGCAGCGGAACAUGACGCCAUGCCUCCGGUGGAGAUGACAGAGUUCAACAAUCAGCCCGAUUCCUUGUUUUUUAACGACGGACAACGACGGAUUGACUUUGUGUUGGUGUAUGAGGACGAGGACAAGAAGGAGUUUGAGAAAAGGUACACGUUUCAGAGGCGGAAGAGGCGCAGAGAGUUUUUUGAGGCAGACCUGAUGGUGAGAGGACUCGAAUUGGAAGCGUCUAGAUCCGUGCUGGAUGACAAGGUCGUGUUCGUGAAGGUGCACAUGCCCUGGGAGGUGUUGUGCACGUACGCCGAGGUUCUUCACAUAAAGCUCCCCAUCCAGCCCAACGACCUCAGCCAGAGCUCCUCACCUUUCAGCUGGCUCACCAAGUUGUGCGAACCCAGCAAGGAUGUGAUCCAGCCCGAGGUGGACUACUUCACUGCGCCGUUUGAAAAGGACAGGAUAGACAGCUUCUGCGUUAAAGACCGGGCCCAGUUUUUCGCGCCUGACAUGAGAAGCAGAAUGGCCUACUACGUACUCAGUCGGGCCUACUAUGAAGUGAGAGGCGACGUGAAGAAGUUCGGCAUUAACAAGCUGCUGGACGGCGGAGUCUACAAAGCUGCCUUCCCGCUGCAUGAUUCCAGGUUCAACGUGAAGUCGACGGAUGUUCAGUGUGCGAACGAGCGAUACCGGUUAUACCAAGAGUGGGCGCACCCCAAAAACUUCUACAAGACGCAGCCUUUGGACCUCAUUAGAAAGUAUUACGGAGAAAAGAUCGGCAUCUACUUUGCAUGGCUGGGCUUCUACACGUACAUGCUGGCGGGGGCCGCCAUCGUAGGACUAGGAUGUUUCAUCUAUGGAUACCAGACCCAGCACACCAGCACCUGGAGCAAAGAAGUGUGCGACCCUUUGAUUGGUGGAAGAAUUGUGAUGUGCCCACAAUGUGACAAAGAGUGUACCUACUGGAUGCUCAACAGCACCUGCGAUUCGUCCAAGAAAUUGUGCAUAUUCGACAAUUUUGGGACUUUGGUGUUUGCAGUUUUUAUGUCAAUCUGGGUCACGUUGUUCCUGGAGUUCUGGAAGCGUUACCAGGCAGAGCUGGAGUACGAGUGGGACACGGUUCAGUUCCUAGAGCAGGAGGAGCAACCCCGGCCGGAAUACGAGGCCAAGUGCUGCCACGAGCGGAUCAACCCAAUCACCAAGGAGAAGGAGAAAGUGCCGUACACUUCAUGCGAGAAGUGCUUGCGUGUCUCCUGUGGAGCAGGAACAGUUUUGUUCUGGGUCGCCCUGAUCAUUGCAUCUAUAGUUGGCAUCAUAGUCUACCGGCUUGCAGCGUUCUUCACCUUCUCCUCCAACCUGAGGAAGGAGCUGAAGGAGCUGAAGGAGCUUCAACCAAUUAAGGAGUAUGUGACACCUCAGAUGGCCACAUCUGUCACUGCUUCUGUCAUCAGCUUUGUGGUUAUCAUGGUCCUCAACAUCCUCUAUGAGAGGGUGGCCAUCUGGAUCACAGACUUUGAACUUCCACGAACUAGGACUGAGUAUGAGAACAGCCUGACCCUAAAGAUGUUCCUCUUCCAGUUUGUCAAUUAUUACUCCUCUUGCUUCUACAUCGCCUUUUUCAAGGGCAAACUGGUGGGCUUUCCUGGGAAACCGGUAUACUGGCUGGGCACGUACCGCAACGAGGAGUGUGAUCCUGGAGGCUGCCUCAUUGAGCUGACCACUCAGUUGACGGUUAUUAUGGGUGGGAAGGCCAUCUGGAACAACAUCCAGGAAGUCCUUUUUCCGUGGGUGAAGAAUCUGAUUUCUCGCUGCUGCAAGAGAGUACGGUCAGAGAAGGUGAUCCCACGCUGGGAGCAGGACUUCCAGUUGCAGGCGUAUGGUGCACUUGGGCUGUUCUACGAGUACCUUGAGAUGGUGAUCCAGUUUGGGUUUGUGACCCUCUUCGUAGCUUCCUUCCCUCUGGCUCCUCUCUUGGCAUUCCUCAACAAUGUGGUGGAGAUACGCGUGGAUGCUUGGAAGAUCACCACGCAGUUCCGCCGCAUGGUACCCGAGAAGGCUCAGGACAUCGGUGCCUGGCAGCCCAUCUUACAGGCUGUGGCCAUCCUUGCUGUGGCAACAAACGCCAUGAUAACUGCCUUCACAUCAGACAUGAUCCCACGACUUGUGUACUACUGGUCCUUUUCCGUGUUUCCGUAUGGAGACCACCCCAACCAUACGAUGGAGGGUUACAUAAACGGCUCCCUCUCCGUGUUUGACAUCCGCAACUUCUCUACGGAGAGCGAGCCCCUGACUAAGCCCUACUGGUUUCAGAACAUUACAACCUGCAGGUAUCGAGAUUUCAGGUACCCACCUGGACACCCAUGGGAGUAUCAGCACAACAUUUACUACUGGCACGUGAUAGCAGCCAAACUGGCAUUUAUUAUAGUGUUAGAGCACGUUGUCUACCUGACCAAGUUCAUUUUGUGCUACAUGAUCCCAGAUGUCCCCCUGGCAGUGAAGGAGAAGAUUAAGAGGGAGAAAUACCUGACACAGGUGAUCCUGCAUGAGGCCAACUUGAAGCUGGUGUCCAAGCACUUGAAACCUAUAGUCAACAUACUGAAGGAGCAUGAAGACAAGGACUCAGAGAUAGACCUUCCCUUUUAAUAUUUCCCAUUCCAAGGGUCUCCGUGAAGAAUUCCAUUUCAGGAAAGAUCCAGGAUGAACGUGCAUCUGCUGGUUGCAGCCAGUAUGUGUGUUUUUUUGUGUUCGGAACGCUUUAGGAUAUUUUGAACGAGGAAGAACAGGUGAUGGCUGAGGGCGUCCUAUAGCCAGUGUGCCAUUAUUGUCAGAGUUUGUAUGCUACUGGAGAUGUUUACAUUCCUCGUGUAUGUGUGUUUCUCUGUUCGUCUAUGCAUUUUAUAUGACUGGAAGUUUUUACAUUCAGUGUGUGAUAGGGUUAUACACAGUGUGUGCGUGUGUGUCCUGUGGGAGGAACCUCUAUAGACAAACAGGUUAUGACAAGGAGAAUAAUGUGCUUUUUAUAUUGUGUCUUGGAUACAUGUCGUGCCACGUUCGGACCAGAGUGUUGUAAUGCUUUGGGAAAGUGCCUCUCUCCAUAAAUUGUAAUAAUUGAUAAAAUAUAGUGUGACAGUUUGGUUCAUAGCUCAGAUAUUUUGCCUUUGGAAUGCAGCUCCAAAAGAGUCUAACUGCCUUAUAAUGCCAUUACUGUGCCUGACAUCAGUGUAAAUAAUGCUGUGGGUGGCAUGUGGCGCGCUUGGUAAUGCUGCCAUAACCGAACGCACCACCCAAUGCACACAAAUUUUAUGUGGCUGAUACCGAACUGGCAAAGCGGUUCCCGAGUUUUGUACUCCUCAUGUCCCUGUUUUUUCAUUACUGUUCUGUGGGACAGGUACACAUUCAGUGUCAUGGGAGAGAAAAUUUCAUGAGUUGUUCAUUCCGCUUCUUGUAGGGCUCUUUAUUUGCCUUAAACUAUGAAUUGGGGAUUGUCUGUAAUAAUUGCUUGCAAGAAUAUGUAAUACACCCAGUGUUGAGGCUACAAGGACACACUAAUAACUGCACCUGGUCUGCUGCUAUGCAAAGAUAAGAUUGCAACACCACGUAAGAAACCGUUCCUGUGGGAUCCAUAAUUCAGCUUGUUUACAAUGGUUACUGAGUUCUACUAUCAAUAUUUUAUUUUGAUUUUAACACCACUGUGCGGAAAAAUAUUAAGGAAACCUGCUGAACGAAUGAUAAAUCUAGUCCUCAGUAAAAAAAAAGAAUUGACUUUUCUCAGAUCUUAUCAUAAGCUGGCACUACGCUGAAAUCCAUGUGAAUGUUCUGAGUAAAAUGCUCAUGAAUCGUUCUCCUGGACAUGGUGUGUUACUCUUCUGUAAUCUCUUGGCAGCAUUUCUGAGAGAAGCCCGAUUGUUGUUGCUUUUGCUGUCAUUUCAAGAAAAUUACUAAGCCAGACAAUGCAUGACCUGCAACCCGUCUUCACCUGCCUACAAUGUAGGAAUCGUAAAUAGCAGGUGUUCACUUUGUGGAGGCAUAAAGCGUGUUCUCACGUUUUAAACAAUUUCGUGAUGUACAAAUGAACCAUGAAAUUUUUAAAAGAAUCCUGUGUAGGCGUUUUGUAGGAAGGAGCGUUAUGCGGAAAAGCAGAUAAUAACGAUCAACGAAAUAAUUUUAUUGACAACGCCCUUGUGUGCAGACAGAGCCCUACAGCUGGUAGAACAAAUGUCAUACGAUUUGCAAUUUGACUCUUAAAACAUUGUUUUGUUUCUGUCAAACUGUCACACUAGUCUUGCUUCUCAUGUCCCAACUCUGAAGCCAGACUGAGAGUUAAUGUGUUAAAGGAGGGAACAUACAACUAAAUGGCAUUUUUUUUAAAGGCCUAUUGCAUUGUCACUCCCCCAAAAACAGCACCUGUGUCAUCUUAGUAUGUGUUGUAUAUUGUUCAGCAAAAUUUUGAAAGACUCACUUUUAAUUCAUUUUAUAACUCUAAUAUAAAUUAUAAUCACUCAACCACUCUAUUUAUU